AUGGGAUACAUUUCUAAACGAGCACUUGACAACCUCGUACCGAACAAGCUCCAGGAGAUCCGAUCUUAUUGCUUCCACAACCAAUAUGAUCAAGCCACCAACCCGGACGGCAUUGUAGCCCUUGCUAUCGCAGAGAACAAGCUCAUGCGAAAUGAGAUCUGCGAGCACAUCAACAAGAGCAUGAACAUCAAUCCGUGGCAUCUGACGUAUGGGCAAGGUCCGAAUGGAGAUCCUGCCCUCCGUCGCACGCUGGCAGAAUAUGUCAACCAAGUCUUCAACCCGUCGACACCAAUCAAAGACAACCAUAUCUGUAUAUGCAACGGUGCUGGUAGUGCCGUCGACAACCUCUCCUUUUGUCUAGGAGAGCCAGCGGACGGCAUCCUUGUCGGGCGACCAUUAUACGUGGGUUUCUUUCCCGACAUCGAAGCUCGAGCAAAGAUCAAACCUGUUCUCGUUUCGUUCGGGGCAGAUGUGAACCCAACAUCGGCCGCCGCAGUCUCGGCGUACGAAGACGCCCUCCAUCGGUCCAACGCUUCAGGCACAACAAUCCGGGCGAUCCUGAUCUCCAGCCCGCACAACCCUCUCGGCCGCCCUUACGACCCUGACUUCCUCACAGGCAUCCUGAAGCUCUGUUCCAAGUACGAUAUCCACCUAAUAUCCGACGAGGUCUACGCCAAAUCGCACUUUCCGAGCAAAGACAUUCCCGACCCACCGCCAUUCGUGUCGGUGCUCUCCUUCCCGCUCGAACGGUACAUCGACCCGUCUCUCGUGCAUGUCAUAUACGCCAUGAGCAAGGACUUUUGCGCCAACGGAACUCGUAUAGGCGCGCUGAUCUCACCGUUCAACACGCAGCUCAUGCGUUCGUUUCGGUCUGUGGCGAGCUUCACCAGAGCGUCUCAACUCGCGGAGCACGCCUGGCUCAAUAUGUUCAACGACAAGAUGUGGCAGGAAUGGUACUUUCCGCUGUUCCAGUCCCGAAUGACCGACGCUUAUGCAUACACGACGUCCUACCUAAAGGCGAAUGGCAUCCCGUACAACCCCGCUAGUGUGACCAGUUUCAUUUGGUUGGACUUGUCACGCUGGUUGAAGGAAGAUAGUCAAGAUGCCGAACUGGAAUUGAAUUGGCGCAUGGCCAAAGGAGGAGUCUGGUUGGCCAUGGGUGCUAGCUUCGCCAGUGAGAAGAAUGGCAAUUUCAGAUUAACAUUUGCGUCCCCGAGGGAAGAAUUGACGAUGGGUUUAGAGAGGUAUGUGAAUACCCAACGAGAUAUGACGAGACACUCACCAUAUACGCCCUAA